CAGUGUGUGGGUGUGUGUGAGUGAGUGAAGGCAGCAGAGGCACCAUGGUUGGCAGUGUCAAUAUGGCAGACGACGUGGGUGCAACUCAAUGACACAAAAUUGACAUUAUCUGGAACUGACUAGGAGCGUAAUGUGAAGACUUCCUGUAAUACAGUUCAGAGACAACACCCCAUUUUAUUUCUGCCGUUGUCAUGACAUUGUUUGACUACAAGAAAUAUCUUUGUAUGAUACAAUGGAUGGCCUGGUGGUUGUUUUGGAGGAUUGGCUUAGUGACUGUGAUGGUGUCAGUGACUGCAGGCAGAUUUAUGAAUGUUUGCAGUGUGACCAAGAAAGACUCAUUCAUGCAAUAUACACACUCUUUGAUGAGAAGUCAAGGUGUCCAGACUUGUUUGAGAGCACAGUGAAGCAGUUGUUUGCCCUAGCACGUAGUAAAGAUGAAAGACUGCGGGAGUUUGUUCUCUUGUUUGCUCCAAGUCUCCUUUAUAUAUAUUUGUCAUCCAUCAGCUUUGGUGAUAAAAAGGGUGUUGGAAGUGUUGAAGUGGCUCUGCUGGCCCUGUACAAUAUGGAGGUUUUAGAUGAACAAGGGCAACCAAGGAUUGCUCCUUUUCGCCUUCCUACCCUAGCAAGGCAGUCAGUCUUUCACGAGCCUGCUAGUUUAGCUCCAGCUUCAUUCACUGUGGACUCCCUACAAAGAUUGGAGGCUGGUGAUACAGACACAGUACGUUGGGGCCCACCAACUCAAAUGACCUCAGUUACUGCAGCAACGAGGCAUCACCUGGCCACUGCCAUCAUGGUUGCCUUUAAUGCUCGCUUAGCAUCGUUACCCAAGAUAGCACUCAUGCACCUCUGCAAAGCUGUGUCCAAAAUGCUGUGUCAGGGAUUCAACCGGCCAGGGCAUCACCACCGUUCAUCUUAUGGCAGUGAAAGCAGCUUUGGCCUGUAUCCAAGGCCCACACCCAGGAUACCUGUUACCUCAGAGCUUCUUAAGGAACUCCUACAUGCUGUAUAUUUUGCUAUGCCAGCUGAACGAAGUCUGCAUGACCUGCCACCACUUAUGUCCAUAAGCAUGCCUCUUGCACACUUCCAUUACUCAAGCCACAAUGCUGCCAAAGGAGAAGGGACCCAGUGCCCUGCUACGAUGCCGAAUUGUGCUGGACAGUGUUACCAUAGUCCCCAUGUCAAACUGCGCAGGUUUAAUGAAUUUGCCAGCCUUGGGAUACCACUUGAAGAUAUCCAUAUGCGAGCACAGUAUGAGCUUUUUGCUGAUGUCUUACUAAUGACAAAUGCCAUUAAAAACUCUCUUAAAGUUAACCCUAGUGGACAACCUAGUGAUGGACCAAUGGGCAUUAGUGUUGCUCUUACUCCAUCUACUACUACUACACCGCUUUCAAAAACGUUCAUCACAAAUGCCUCUUUCAGAACUAAAAAAUUGCCAGAUGAUAUUCCUAUCCAGAACACAGAAGAGGGGAAAACACUCUCAUCGAUCACUGAAGAAGGUGAUGCUGACGAAAGGACUGCAGGCAAACCCAUUCGAACUCCUCAAGGCUCAGGUAGAGAAAAGGAAAGCAAAGAUAAGGAAGGUAGAGAAAGAGAUAAGGAGAAAGAAAAAGAAGGAAAGGAGAAAACUAAAUUUGUACCUGCAAACAUUCCAAUUCCUAAUUUAGGUAAGAGAAGAGAUAAGGAGAAAGCUAGAAAUGGAGAUAAGAGAGAUAGUGAAAAGAAGAAUGAGAAGAAGGAAAAACACAAGCAUGACAAAGAGAAAGAUAAGGAUAAAGAGAACCGCAAUGGAACUAGUAGUAAUCGCAACAGUGCCGUCAUGAACAGUGACUCCGAUGGAGGAGGCAAUGAUGUUACAAUCAUCACUAACCAACAGCAACAGUCACAACAACAGUUUGAGAUGAAAAUUAUCCUCAAGUCCCCAAGGCACUUUGAAACCAGCAACACCUCUAUGGAGGAUCCUACUCCCUCAGGUAGUGAUGGUGAUGAAGGUAAGGUUGAUGUUGAAGUUGUUGAUCAUGUUGGUCUGCAGACUAAAUCCCCACUGGAAGCAAACGGGGCACAGAAUCAUAUUGCCAAAGUUGUCUGAAGUGUCGGAUUGGUGAGGACCCGGCUGUAAUUAAAAAUUUGCUUUAUAAAAUAUUACAAUAUAUGAUUACCAGAUGUGUGAUGUAUAGAUUGAAAAAAAAAUCAGAUGUAUGAUAAUUUAAUUUUUUUUUAUUUAUAACAAGAUACAGUGUGUAAUUACUUAAUUACUGGACUAAAGCAUUUACCACUCUGAUUAUAAUGUUUCGAUGGAUUGCUUUGUAAUAGCUGAUUCUGAUGAACAGAAUGCCAGUUAUUUUUGUGUGAAGUUUCCAAUUACAGGCUAGAGAAUGUAUUUUUUUGUAUUUCUUGGCAUUAAUUUCUUUUAUCCUGUGGAUAUAACUAGUUAAUAAGUAUUUCAAGCUUUUUAAUAGUUUUAUACUAUACUAUUUUUCCCUGUUAAACUAGAUUUUUCUACAUUGAACAAUAUUGGUUUUAUUGAAUAUGUACAGUACUAGGAAUAUGUGCUAAUUUUCUUAACUUUUUUUUUGCAAAGUAUAUCAGUUCUUGAGCCACUACAUAUUUCAAACAUAACUAUGGUACCUUCUUUUACAAUUUGAAAUAAAGGUUUGUAUGUAUACAUACGUAUAGUCUUAAGUAUACAUUUCAUAUGCUGUCCAUACAUAAAUUGCAUACAUACUCUAUAGAUGCUUGACUUUCCAAAUUCAUGGGGGUGUGGUCUGCCGAUAUUUUUGCCUAUUGAUAGCUCUGGGGUUGUGCAUAUUUUGAUACCAAAAUGACCUGAAAAGCAUCUAAGUAUAUUCUUUUUCUUUUCACUUUGACAGAGCUCAUAACCUCAAAUAGCAAAAGCUUUGGAUGGAAUGAUUUUUAUAUACUUCAGUAUUGCACUUGAUUAAAUGAUGUGUUUGCAUUUUUUUAUUAUUAACCCUUAAACUGUCCAAACAUAGAUCUACGUUUUUUCAACAUUU